GUACGGUUCACCGCUGGCAUUCACCAACUUAGUUGUUGAGCAAAUCAGAGCGUACAUCCAUGAAGCAACCGUACAAGGUAACGUGGCGGGUGUACCUGCCAGGACUGUUUGUGAUGUCCAUGUUUAGCGUCGUGGUGUACUUCAGCCGGACGCGGUCAGAGGUGCUGAAGUACGGGCACGAUUUCGUGCCCAUUUAUUCCGAGGACGGGAAACUCGAGGGCUUCACACAUCCGGCGUUGGUGAAUGCGGGCAAUCGAUAUCGCGAAAGGGAAGAGCAGAAGAAGAUGUAG